AUGGCACAAAACCUGGCCUUAGGAGAAUCGAUCCCACCAAAUACUUCCCAUGCUGUCAGCGUGUCCCUCCCGACUUGGAAAGCCAACGUAGGCUAUGAAGAAGGAGAGGAGUGGGUUAUCCAUGCUAUGAGUACCGGCUACCCGAGGUUCUUUUUUCAUAAAUCCAUACAAGACUUAUCUAGACAGCUGGUUCGAAGAUUUGGAUAUGUGGGAGAGUCUAUAGCACUGUUUCCAUCUUUGAAGGCAACAUCUCACUGCCGUCAGUUCAUGCUAUCGAGGGUACCGACGGACUGCCACAAACACAUUCGACUUGUGCGGCUAGCGGUGAUAUCACCCUUCGCUCCUUUGGCAUCAAGCGAACGGCCAUACAGCAUAGCACCUGGCAUAUUCUGCGUCUUUUAUCCCGAACGGUACGCUGGCCUGGCAAAACAAGUAUGGCAACAUAGCGGAGAGGGGAUUUCGAGCCGGUGUAGCGAGUUUUACUUGAAACUACUAAUGGACGGUUUUUUGUCCCAUAGCUUUCUUGAUCAAACCACAGCUUCACAACCCAAAGAUUUCCCAAGAGGGCCCAAAAGAUAUCAGAACUGCGAUAGAGGGUCUGGCUCCACCAAAGAAAUACUCCACCAAGGCUGGAGCGAGAACCUCCACUCGAUACGUACAGAAGGUCGAGAAUUUGACCAAUUCAUCGAGGAGCGCUUUGGGCGAAAUUUGAAUCUGUCAUUGGCCCAUAGUGCAAAACUGGCCGUGAAGAGGAGGAUCUCAGGUUCCAUUACCGCAACAGUCGGCCUGUCAGAAGCUCUUGAAACUUCUUCUACAAGUAGCCGCCGGAUCGAUGGUGUUACUGACGAUCACGUUUAUCUCUACCCUAGCGGAAUGAGUUCCAUUUUUAACUCGCAUCAAACUCUCCUGGCUGCUCGGGGUCCAAUGAAAAGUAUCUGCUUUGGUUUCCCUUAUAUUGAUACGCUUAAAAUUCUAGAGAAAUGGGGACCAGGCGUUGUCUUCUACGGCCACGGAUCACCACAAGACAUCAAUGAUUUAGAAAGUCGCUUAGAGGCAGGAGAGAGAUUUUUGGCAUUAUUUACAGAAUUUCCCGGGAAUCCAUUGUUGAGAUCCCCUGAUCUCAGGCGUAUAUAUGCCCUGGGUACCAAAUAUGAUUUUGCUGUUGUUGUGGAUGAAUCAUUGGGGAAUUUCAUUAAUGUCAACGUUAUACCUUAUGCUGAUAUUGUUGUUAGCAGCUUGACGAAAAUUUUUAGCGGGGAUAGUAAUGUAAUGGGAGGAAGUGCUGUUUAUAACCCUCACAGCCAGUAUUAUCAAGCAUUGAAGGGCGUCCUUGAUAAAGAGUAUGAGGAUAACUAUUGGCAUGAAGAUGCCAUAUUUCUGGAAAGGAACAGCCGUGAUUUUAUUUCUCGCAUCCAGAGGAUUAAUGUGUCAACAGAAGCGAUAACAGCGCGAUUGAAAGCAUCACCGCUAGUUAAAGAAAUAUUUUAUCCAAAGUACAGUCCAACCAAACACUUAUAUGAUAUCUGUCGAAACCCGAAGGGCGGAUAUGGAGGAUUGUUUUCAAUCACCUUUUGGACAACGACGACAGCAAUGGCGUUUUUCGAUGCUCUUAAUGUGAUGAAAGGCCCAAGUCUAGGCACAAAUUUCACGCUAAGCUCGCCAUACACGCUAUUGGCUCAUUAUGGGGAACUUGAGUGGGCCAAUUCGUUUGGUGUAGCAUCUGACUUGGUGCGGAUUAGCGUCGGCCUGGAAGAUGUUUCUAUUCUCGAAUCAAUAUUCGACCGCGCUCUUGAUGCGGCUAGGCGCGUCGCAAGUUCUUAG